AUGGCUCAACAGUUUCAUAUCGCCCACCUUUCUAGUCACGUACCUAAGGAGUCCAGUAGUCCUUCGACCAUUCUUCAACUCGCUAACCGGCUGCUCCCUGCACCUGCCGUGUCCAAAGAGUUGGAGGAUGGUCGAAACCCGAAAGAACCUUCUGUUGUGAGUCAAGAGCUUUGGGAUACACCCAGAGAUGGAACUUCAAAUCAAAACAAAGUCGUCGUCGUCGUCGGUGCCGGCAUUGCUGGGCUUCGUGCAGCUUCCGUCUUGAGAUCCCAUGGGGUCCAAGUCGUGGUCCUCGAAGCUAGGCCUGACCGCAUUGGCGGACGUAUUUACACGAGUAGGAAACCGGGACACGCUCCUAGAGACAUUGGAGCUGCCUGGAUGCACGAAACCGCCAACAACAAACUCGUCCGCCUUAUUGGCGAGCUCAACAUCGAGCAUUACUAUGACGACGGCACCCCAUUGUAUUAUACCAAAGACGGUCGUCUCGGUUCUCAGUUCAAAGCCAAAAAGGUCGCCGAUGAGUUCGCCGAUUACUGUGAAUGGUAUUACGACGAGAACCCCGACGCCGAAGACAAACCUGCGUUGACCUUCAUCAAAGAAUGGUUGAACAAUCAUCCCUUGGUCACCGAGGAUGAACGCCUAUGGGCUCCUCAAGCUGCUCGUGAGGUGGAAGCGUGGAUUGGGACCAGUCUCGAACAAGCUUCCUCUAAACACCUUGCCUACUUCGCCACGGAAAGAAAUCUCUACAUGAAAGGAGGAUACGACAGUAUCGUUGACUGGGCUGCGUCUACCCUUCGUGAACCAGAGAUCAUUCGCCUGGGCCAUGUCGUGACCAAAAUCGAGUGGAGUGACGACCAUAACCCAUGUGUUGUUCACACUGCCACUGAAGACGGGGAGAAUCCAGUUUUCACCGCUGAUGCCGUUGUUUGCACUCUCCCUCUGGGGGUCUUGAAACACAACCUCGUCGACUUCAGCCCCUCGCUUCCCAAAGAUUUGUCCUUGGGCAUUCAGAAGCUCGGCUAUGGCGCCCUCGGCAAGAUAUUUGUCGAAUUCGAGUCCGUGUUCUGGCCCAAGGACAACGAUCAGUUCAUCUACUACCCCGAACCAACCACUGACGCCAUUGACGAGAGCUCCAUCUUCUCUUACAUGACAGUCACGAGUAACAACUGGAUCAUGAGUGGCACCAAGGAGUUGUCGGUGCAGAUUGUGGAACCCCUUACCCAACGCAUCGAAGCCAUGACGUCUGAUCAAGAGAUCUACGCCUUCUUCGAGCCUCUUUUCAAACUCUUUCGUACCGAACCUUACAAGAAGCUUCCUCCGGUUGUGAAUCUGGAAACGACACACUGGACGCAGGAUCGUUUUGCAGGGUUCGGUACCUACACUGCCGACAAGACCGGUGAUGAACCCGAAAUUUGGAUGACCGCAGUGGACAACAACAAGGGAAGCACCCUGCAGUUUGCCGGAGAGCACUGUACGCGGACUGGAAAUGGAUGUGUGCAUGGUGCUUUUGCCGCCGGUGAGACUGCUGCUGUCAACCUUCUGGGUGUGCUGGGAGUUCCUCACAACGGUGGAGAUCUCUACAGCCGACGUCCAUCGAGGAGGACCCCACCCAGAUAUUAA